CGGAGGCUUGGGCCGCCGACAGUCGGAGGGAUGCGACAAAGGGGUUGCCAUGCUUCCUCAUAAGCAGCCACCAUGCAGAGCCGUCCGACACUGGCUCGAGCUGGCUCUCAUCCCAUCCCAAGACCUCAAUAUAUAUCCCAAGUCCACAGCCCCAAGUUCCCAAACCACUCCAGCCCGCCCCGCCUGACGUGUGCCAGCCUGGGGCAGUCAAUGCGGCGAGGAUAUAAAAAAAGAACAGUCAGUAAACCGCCCAACGUGCUGCCGCAGCCCCCGGCCCGUCCUGUGUGACCUAUCCUUGCCUAUGGUUUACGCCCCCGGCACUGCAUCGACUCAGUUGGACGACCUUGGGGGCCGACCGACCACUCGUCUCGCCAGCACCCAUCCCACACCAUCAAUCUCCGACCAUCUUAGCCCUCCCUGUGCACGGACCUUCAUAAUUUAUGACCAGACCGUGUUGCCGCGAGGUCCAGAGUCGAGAACGCGCAACCAGACCGGGAUAUCCCGGCCGUCCAGGCCUGUCUCCAGCCUGUUACAGACAAACAUCUAGCCGGCUCAGCCUACCUGGCGCUUGACAUGAACAGGCACCGCGCCCGGGAUGAGUUGUGCCCUGGCGUGCCCACCCAUGAUGGCGCGCCCGGCAUCGUGCCUACGCAUCGGUGCAACAGCACCGCCAAUCACGAAGCGGCUGCUGUUGCUGCUGCUAUUGCUCGAGGCACAGAUGCGCAUGCGGGACGCUCCUCGUCGUCCCCGAGUGACUGUGCGGUCCCCACCUCACAGCAACCUGUCAUUGCCGGUAGCGACAAGCCUCCUGAGAAUGGUCGUGAUUACAUCGUCGGUGCGCCAGGGGCUUAUGCCCGUGGCGACUUCGAGAGGGGAUGUGCAGCCGGGGUCGGGCUGUCACCAGAGCAUGACAAGCAGCGCCGCGCCAGCACCGUGCUGACCCGUGUUGCCUCGCACUUGACCACCCGUUCGCUCCCGGAGCCACCUCCGCCCCCUGACGGUGGCUUCCGCGCCUGGGCUCAGGUCGCCUGCGGCUGGCUCGUAAUCUUCACCACGUGGGGCUAUGUGAACGCCUUUGGCGCCUUCCAGGCGUACUAUACCGGCGCUCUAGCGCCGCUGCCGCCCUCGACUAUCUCUUGGAUCGGGUCCGUCCAGGUCUUUCUGACCUUCUGCGUCGGCGCCUUGUCUGGCCGCCUCCUGGACGCCGGUCUGUUCACGCCCACCUUUAUCUGUGGUACCAUCUUACAGUUGCUCGGUGUCUUCCUCAUGAGCGUCUCGACUCAGUUUUGGCACCUUGUUCUGACCCAAGGCGUCCUGACUGGCCUGGGUGGUGGCUUGGUCUUCACCCCCGCCAUGGGCCUCAUCGCCACCUACUUUGUCAAACGCCGUGCUGUUGCCGUCGGCCUGGCCACCACGGGCAACUCGGUCGGCGGCCUACUGUAUCCUGUUAUUGUCCGCCAGUUGCUGCCUACCGUGGGUUUUGCCUGGACCACCCGCGUCGUUGGGUUCGUUAACCUAGCCUGCUUGGUUACAGCUGCCGCCUUGAUGCGGCCCAGGCUCCCGCCGCGUACCAGCGGGCCCCUCAUAGACCCCACGGCCCUCCGUGAUCCCGUCUACUUGCUCCUCAUCACGGGGCUCUUUUUCUUGCUGUGGGGGAUGUACUACAGCUUCUACUAUAUCGCUUCGUUCGGAACCCAGAUCCUACACAUGCCCUACUCAACGGCCUCGUUGACCGUCAUCAUCGUCAACGCGGCCGGCCUACCCACGCGACUUACCACCCCGUUCCUGGCCGGCCGCUUCGGCUGCAUCAACGUGGUGCUUCCUUCGGCGCUGCUAGUGGCGCUGACGGCGACCUGCUGGCUUGCCGUCACUAACACGGUGGGGUACUUUGCAUUUGCCGCCGCCUAUGGCCUCGCUAACGGCGCUUUUCACUGCCUCAUGCCAACCGUCAUUGCGAGCGCGUCUCCUCGGCUGGACAUGAUUGGGACACGCCUGGGAAUGGCCUUUGCAGUAAUCGGUGUCGCGACACUCACUGGACCUCCGCUUGGCGGCGCGCUUCAGGGUGCCAUGGGCGGGAGCUUUACCGGGGCCAGCAUCUGGGCGGCCGCGGGCGCAUUUGUUUGUGUGGCCUUAUUCUCGGUCGCCCGCGGGGUGCUGACGGGGUGGAAGCUGCGGGUGGUGUGUUGAGUUCCUGCGGUGAACCAUGCUUUAGCUCCACAAAUACUACUUGGCAGCCGUGCAACCGUGCGGCCAAUUGCAGCCAUGAUCCAUCCAUCCAUCCAUGGAUGGCAAACUGACCAGGACGAAGGCUGUAUGUGU